UCUCUUGCCAUUUUGUUUGUUUGUCCAAUGUCAUAAAAGCAUUGUUUAAUAGUUGUCAUACUCUAUGCAAAUCUCCUAAUUUCAUAAUUUCUGAAUGCCCUACGGGAAUUGGACAGAGCCCACAUGAUUUGUGUCACGCUGUUGUGUGUUUACCACAGGCUUUCACUUCUGCAUAAGUGUAUCUAGUCUAGUCACUGCAGUGAGUUAUAGGGACCGUUUUCACAUAUUUCCUCUCCUAACCUGGACGAGUGCUUCGUCUUGCCCUUGAUGUGAAUGGUAGAAUACCUGCUAUGGCUAUGUUGAACAUUUUCCUCAUCCUUUGUCAGCUUCUUCCAAUAGUGAGGAUGAUAAAUACCGUCUUCUUUCCAUGUGACACUGAUGGGAAUACCACUGCAGUAGACUGCUACGGCAGACCUCUCACGAGUUUCUCCUUCAUCCGGUCACCUACAGUCGUGUCGCUCAAUUUAAGUGAGACGAAGAUUCUUCAAUUGAGGCAGCAUGCUUUGUCGGGUGUCCCAAACCUCGAAACUCUGGAAAUUAAGGGUAAUUGCCAGCCAGGUGACCUGAGAGCUCUGGAGGACCGCUCGUGCAAAAUGGAGAUCCACGACGAUGCAUUCAAGAGACUAUUGAAGCUCAAAUAUCUGUAUCUGUCAGGAAACAGCCUCACCACUAUUCCCUGGUUACCCGAAAGCCUGAUGGUUCUCGACCUACAGUUUAAUAACAUUUUCAACAUUUUACAGCCUUUAAAUACUCCAAAUCUCCAAAUUCUCCACCUCAACUCCAACUGCUUUUAUGUAAAUCCUUGCAACCAGUCCUUUAACAUCAGUGAAAGGGUCUUCAGAGAGCUCCCAAAACUUAAAAUCCUUACCUUGGGGUACAAUAAUUUCAGCGCUAUUCCUAAAGGGUUGCCACCCUCAUUGGAGAGACUGGAUUUAAAAGAGAAUAGAAUUACAGAAGUCUUAGAAUAUGCAUUUGCCAACCUGACUCUCCUCAACGAUUUGAAUUUGGAGUGGAAUUGCCAGCGCUGUGACCAUGCAGCCAGACCCUGCUUUCCUUGCCCAGGUAAUCUCCCCCUAGGCCUAAAUCCACACUCGUUCUAUGCUAUGAAAUCCAACAUCGCCUUCCUCAGCUUGAGAGGAAACUCUUUGAAACUUGCCGGAGUUCUUUUUUGGCCUCUGGAGAAUUUAAAGGGAUUAGAUCUAUCUGACAACCUCCUGGCAUAUACUAUACGUAACGGAACUAUCUUUGCAGAACUGAAGGGCCUCACUUGGAUUAGCCUCAUCUAUAACUACGAGCCGCUAUGGACAUUUCGGGAAAUGAUCCUGUCCCCCUAUUUUGGGAAUAUGUCUAAUCUGCAACGUCUUCUUCUGACUGGAAACUUUUUCCACACGCUCUCUCUCGAGAGUCUUGAUAUUGUUUCCAAGCUGCAAAAUCUAAAAGUCCUAGAACUGAGAAUGAACUUCAUCAAUACUUGUAACAUGACAUCUCUGAAGCGGUCAACGUCCCUCAUCAAUAUUGACCUCUCCCAAAACAUGCUUAAUUUCCAUCCCUGCUGCUCCAGUCCCUCCUUUCAGAUUGGGCAACAAGAAAGCUGUCAGAACCAGAAAUCGUACUCGCAUAAUUUUCCUGACCAGACCCUUAUGCUAAUAGAUCGAAAAGCCACAUCGGGAAGUGACACCUGGGAAUAUAACCAUUCAGAACGGCUGGCAUUGUUUGAAAACAAUGUGUCACAAAUUCCAUCUUUGUUAGACUUUAAAAAAAAAUUCUGCAAUGGUAAACUGCUAUUGGACCUCUCUCAAAAUGACAUUCUGUCUAUUAACAAUAAUAUGUUUGUUGGGAUGGAAAAUGCUGUUUGUUUAAACCUUUCCUACAAUUACAUGAAUCAAGCAUUGAAAAGCGGCCUUUUUAAGAAUAUGAAAAAAUUAGUUGUUCUUAUUUUGUCAUACAAUAGACUUGACUUUUACUAUAAAGAUGCUUUGAGUGAGCUUAAAGAGACACUGAAGGUAUUAGAUGUUAGUGGCAAUGAAUUUCACUUCCAAAUGAGGGGCAUGGGCCACCGUUUUGAGUUCCUUCAAAAUUUGACAAACCUAGAAUUUCUAAGUUUGGCAAACAACGGGAUUGGGAUGCGAAUAGAUCAUCGGCUGAUCAGCCGCUCUUUGAAGUACCUUUACUUCUCUGGAAACCACCUGGACAUUAUGUGGGAUUCUGAUAACAAGUACACUCAUUUCUUUCAAAACCUUACGAACCUCACCUUCCUUGACAUCUCUGACAAUCAUCUGGCGUCAAUCACCCCAGAAGUGCUGGUUAACCUUCCCGGAAGCAUAGAGACCCUCAGCAUCAGCAACAAUUUGCUGAAGUAUUUCCCAUGGCAAAAUAUCUCAGCACUCGCCAAUUUAUGUCACUUGAAUCUGAGUCAAAACUUCCUCUACUACUUGCCGCAUACAGUCAUUGAAUUUGGAGUCGAUUUUUCCCUCUUAGACCUCAGUCACAAUCACCUUACUAACAUUCCUGAGGGUUUCUUCAGAAUGGCGACAUCCUUGCACUACCUGUAUCUCAGCCACAACCAGAUCAAAGCGUUGAACCAUCAAUUUCUCCCUGCACCCUUUAAAAACGGCAGCGCCCUUCAGAAACUCACACUGCAUGCCAACCCCUUCAAAUGUGACUGUGACACGUCUUGGUUUGCGGACUUCUUGCGCACUACUCCUGUACAGAUUCCAUAUCUCACCACAGAUGUACACUGUGAUUACCCAGAGUCCCAGCAGGGUGUGAGUGUACUGUCUAUGGACCAGCGUUCCUGCCAGGACAUUUAUGGUGGCUUAGCCUUCGUCGUCUGUUCCUUCUUUGCUGUGGCGUUCACCGUUCUGCCCCUUCUGAAGCACCUCUACGGCUGGGAUCUGUGGUACUGCUUGCAGGUACUCUGGGCCGGUCACAAAGGCUACUCCCAGCUUGCUGGAAGAGACUCGCAAUAUCGCCACGAUGCUUUUGUGGUGUUUGACACCCAGAACCGGGCUGUGAGGGAUUGGGUCUACAAUGAGUUAAUGGUCAUUCUGGAGAACACGGGUCACAGGAGGUUUUCUCUCUGUUUGGAGGAGAGGGACUGGAUUCCUGGGCUUUCGUGUAUUGAAAAUCUACAUAAUGCUGUCUACAACAGCGCGAAGACAGUGUUUGUGCUAUCCAGUGGCGCCACUGGCGGUGAAAGGGUCACCGGUGUGAUCCGCCAGGCUUUCUUCAUGGUUCAGCAGCGGCUUCUGGACGAGAAGGUGGACGCAGCUAUACUGGUUCUGUUGGAUGAGAUGUUUCCCAAACUGAAGUACCUCGAGUUGAGGAAACGGUUGUGCAGGAAGUCCGUGUUGUCCUGGCCGAGAAACCCAAGGGCUCAACCCCUUUUCUGGAACCAAAUGAGAAUGGCAUUGUCUUCAGAUAACCUCCGAUCCUAUGACAACAAUAUGAGUGAGAGUUUCAUAUGACUUCCUUCCAAUUGCCGAUAAAGAGCAUAUAUUAUUAUUGUUGAGAAUCUUUCCAUUGCAUUAUUAUGACAAUGUAAAUAUGUUAUAUAUCAUACUAGGUGGAUAUUUUCAUUAUGUAACUGUAUGUUUUUUAUAUUAAAGACCCUAUGUUAUUUUAAUGUAAAGCUAUGGUGGAAUUAUGUUUGGAAUUUUGUUUUGAGUAGCUUUAAAAUGUGACCAGUGCUGUAAAUUUUGUGCUCUGAUAGUUUAUCUGGCAAAAUGUGAUGUUGAUUCUUUAAUGCUUGUCUUAAAAGAGCUUAGGCCAGGUAUAGGGACAUGUUGCUAUUGCGGGCUGCAAAUAAAACACCCUGUACAUGGUGUUUUGGCAUAUGUACAAAUAAACUUCAAUUGAUUU